AUGGCGGUAGAGUUAGGGGACCAUGGAAGCGGGUUCCGCCACAAUGAAGUGAUCAGGUUCAUUAACAAUGAGGUCCUUAUGAAUGGCGGCGGCCCAGACUUCUACCUUGCUUUCCGCUCGCGGCCGUGGAACGAGGUGGAGGACCGGCUUCGGGCCAUCGUGGCGGACCCGCAGGUGCCCCGCCCCAUCAAGAGGGCCUGCACCUGGAGCGCGCUGGCUCUGAGCGUGCGUGCGGCCGCGAGGCAGCGGGAGCAGCAGAUGCGUCGGGUGCGGUUGCUGCAGGAGCAGGUGGAGGAGCGCGAGGCAGCCUCCUGUGCCCUGGCCUCCGAGCUGCAGCGCCUGCGUGAGGAGCGCGAGAAGGCGAGCUUGCAGAUGCAUUUCACACGAGCGGCCCUGCAGCAGGCACUGAAUGAGCGUGACGUGCUGCGCGGGAGGCUGUUCCAGGUGGAGAGAUCGGCACAGUUCUACCCACUGCCCCAGGAGGUCGCGUCUGGGAAUCAAGCUGAGCAGCAUGGGGCCGCAGCGUGGCCCCUGCAUGCGGAGGAUCAGAGCCAAGUGGUGGCCAUGGGGGCACAGAGCAUGCCGUGUUCAGAGGCACAGAUGGCAGCCCCAGCAGCUAUGCUUUACGUGCCGGGACCACCGGGUCCCUGGGGCCAGGCCAUGCAACCCCAUUUGCCAAUGCCAGUGCCACACCCAUGCCUAUUCCACCCUCCAUACCCAAUGGGAUUCCCAUACUCGACACCUGUACCAGCAGCAGCAGCAGCAGUCCCACCUCACAUGCCUCCUGGAGGGAUACACCCAGCUGGCCUGUGGGCUCCAGUGGGGUCCCAGGAGAUGGCCCCACUGUGGGACCAGAGGAGCUAUGGCCAGGAGCAAGGUUCUGGGAACACCCAGGGGACAUUUUCCCUGGGGGACAACAAGAGUCACAGCCAGGGAGAAGGUCCAGUGAAGCCCCAGGGGACAACCCCCCUGGGGGACAGCAAGAGCUGCAGCCAGGAGGAAGGUCCAGAGAAGCCUCAGGAGAUGACCCCCCUGGGGGACGGCAAGAGCCCCAGCCAGGACGAUGGUCCAGAGAAGCCCCAGGGGACAACCCCCCUGGGGGACAGCAAGAGCUACAGCCAGGAAGAUGGUCCAGAGAAGCCCCAGGGGACAACCCCCCUGGGGGACAGCAAGAGCUACAGCCAGGAAGAUGGUCCAGAGAAGCCCCAGGGGACAACCCCCCUGGGGGACAGCAAGAGCUACAGCCAGGAGGAAGGUCCAGAGAAGCCUCAGGGUAUGGCCCCACUGGGGGACGGCAAGAGCCCCAGCCAGGAAGAUGGUCCAGAGAAGCCUCAGGGGACAUCCCCCAUGGGGGACAUCAAGAGCUACAGCCAGGAAGAUGGUCCAGAGAAGCCUCAGGAGAUGACACCCCUGGGGGACAGCAAGAGUCACAGCCAGGAGGAAGGUCCAGAGAAACUUCAGGGUUUGGACCCCCUGGGGGACAGCAAGAGCCACAGCCAGAAGGAUGAUUCAGAGAAGCCUCUGGGGAUGGACUUUCUGGGGGACAGCAAGAAAUCCCGCCAGAAGGAAGGUCCAGAGAAGCCUCAGGGUUUGGACCCCCUGGGGGACAGCAAGAGCCACAGCCAGAAGGAAGGUCCAGAGAAGCCUCAGGGUAUAAACCCCCUGGGGAACAGCAAGAUCCAUGGUGUGAGAGAAGGCCCAAAGAAACAGCAGCCUCAGGGGCAAAAGGCCAAGCAACCAAGAGGAAAAAAAGCCUCGGAAUACCAGCACCAGGAGAAGCCUGUCCCCGGAGGCAGUCCCGCGAAUUGGGAUUGCCUGUGGUGCAGAGCGAUGAAUUUUUCAUGGCGCACAGCCUGCUAUAAAUGCAAGAGAGUCUAUAUGCCAGGUGAGAGCGGAGGCCUUGACCCAGGACAAGCUCCUCACUGA